CCGAGUUACCAAAACAGCUGUGGAACUGGAACCAYCUUUAAUCCUGCGCAGGAUUUAUCUGGGCAUCGAGCAUUUUUCCCGAAAUUUCCUAACCUGCUAAUGGACAAUGACCCCCGAUUAGUGAUUACAACACAAUUCGGCUGUAUCUUUGUGCGUCAUACUGUCAUGUCUGCCGUUUCCCGGUAUAAUAGCAUCCUUUGUGGCUUUGUUCAUUAGUCUUUCCAAAUCUACAUUAUUUUAAUUGAGGAUCUUGUUAAACAACUAAAAUGGUCGUCAAAGAAAUCGAGAAUGAUACCCAGUUCCGUGAACAAUUAAAUGCGAACAGCAUGAAGCUGGUUGUCGUGGAUUUUUCCGCUUCCUGGUGUGGUCCAUGCAAACGUAUCAAGCCUAUGUACGAAGAACUUUCGAAAAAGUAUGACCGUGCAGUGUUCCUUAGGGUAGACGUUGACAGGUGCCAAGAAACAUCUACCAGUCAAGGCGUGUCGGCCAUGCCGACUUUCAUAAUGUACCGCAAUAAGAUUAAAGUGGGAAGAGUCCAAGGUGCCGAUAUUGUAGCCGUCGAAUCGAAAAUCGUACAAUUGUACGACACAUCUUUUUCCGCUUCUGGCGAAGACUGUGGAGUACCAGGUCAGAUUUUUCUUAACUCGUUCAUCAUGAAAACUCAGUGCGAAGCUCUCAAUGAUUCAGAUGACCAUCCAUUGUCGGAGCUAAUCGAGAACAAAGGCUAUAUGGAAUCGGAUUGCGAUCAGCAACUUAUUUUAUCGUUGACUUUCAAGCAACCUGUCAAAAUACAUUCUCUUAAAAUUAAAGCUCCUAAAGAUAAUGGMCCAAAAUCAAUGAAGUUAUUUAUCAACCAUCCAAUCACCAUAGAUUUUGAUGCUGCAACAUGUAAUUUAGCUACUCAAGAACUGGAACUACAACCUGAUGAAUUAGAUGGUAAAAUAGUCAACUUGAAGUAUGUAAAAUUUCAAAACGUCUAUAAUCUGCAGAUAUUUGUUGAAAACAAUCAAACUGAUGAAGAAGUAACAAGAAUAGAUAGCUUGGAUCUUAUUGGAAUGCCUWCAUCCAUGACUAAUAUGGGUGAUUUCAAGCGUGUUUCUGGCAAAGCGGGAGAAGCUCAUUAAAAUUAAUAUUUUUAAAAAACCAUACAUGAUAUAUGAACUAAAUUAAUAAUCUUAA